AUGAGGGCGAUGACCAAAGUGGAAGACUUCGUUUGGAGUGCAAGGACAUCAGGAGGGCUUCAGGUAUACUUCUGCAGUGUCUGUCCAUACAGGACAGCCCUCAAGGGCAAUGCAAGGAUCCAUAAGCGUGUUCAUACCCAAGAGAGACCGUUUCAGUGUUUUGUUUGCCAGAAGUCCUUCACCCAAAGUAGCAACCUCUACAGACACCUGAAGUUCUCCCACCAAUUUUGCCUCUGUCCAAAUGGUCAUGUUGUAUGUCAAGUAAAGGUUCUCAAAAGUUUCACUUAUGGAGUAGGACUGGCUGCAUCGGGUGGGACCAGUAGAUAUGAGUCCACACAGAAUGAUGCUACAAUUCACAUCCCUGCUGAUGAUACCCCUCUUUUCCAUGGCAACAGGCAAUGUCCAAACUGGAAGACUACAUUUGGCAUGGCAGGACCACAGGAGGGUUACAGGUGUACUUCUGUGCAGUCUGCCCCUACCGUACAAACCUCAAAGGCAAUGCAAGAAUUCACCGACGUGUCCAUACCCGAGAAAGACCAUUCCAAUGCACCUUUUGCCGCAAGAGCUUCACUGUCAGCAGCAACCUUUAUAGGCAUAUGA